AUGAAACUUGCAUCAAUGCAGCAGCGACCACAUGCACCUCCAGUACCUCCGAGGCCAAGCAGACAAGUUGUUGCAGAGGCCCUCAAGAGAUCAUCUGCUAGAUUAACUUUCCCAACGCGUCAAGCUCCACCGCCUCCAACUAACGUACGACCCUGGCAGCAAUCGGAUUAUUCUUCAAAUAACGAUAUUGAGUCUGUUGAAAAAAAUCUUAAUGUUGUCUACGAUUCUAUAAAAGAAGCUAACCAAGAAAAGUCUCAUCAAUCAAAUAAUAAUAAUAAUAAUAAUAAUAAUGAAUCCAAUAGUAAAUUAACAACGGAAACUUUUUUAAAUACAAAUGAAAUUAACAAAAAUAAUAUAAACAAUAAAGAUUUAAAUGUAGCUACUAAUAAUCAAAACCACAGCAAUAAUAAUAAUAAUAAUAAUAAUUAUGAAAAUAUAAUAAUUUCAAAUAAUCAAGAGUGUAAAUCAAUAGGUGUGAGUACAAUAACUCGAGGUAGUAUUUCACCUAUUGCAAUAGAUAAAUUCGAAAAUAGUAAUUUACACACCGAGUUAACAAGUAGAGAGAAUGCGCGCAAGAUAUUUUAUGGAGCGAUUUCUAAUAAUGAACUUAGCAAGUUACCUGAUUCUCUCAUAAAAACAACAACAACAUUAACAAAGGUUGUAGUUUCAACUGAAAAUGACGUGAAAUCACAAUUUUCAAAAAAUAAACAUCUUAUAGAAAAUUCAUUGACAUCCAGUGCCUUGACUGUUUUAAAUGAUGAUGGCACAACAAUUGUUGUUAUUGAAAAACCAAAUGAUGAUAUAAAAUCCGUUAACAGCGAAGAUGAUAAAAAUAAUAUUCAUCAUAAAGAUUGGUUAGAAGCAGGGAUUCGUUAUUCAUCUACUAAAAUAACUCUACCUGCAGAUGAUGAUUCAAUAAACAACGAAAUUUUAACUUGUUCGACACAUCAUAAUUUUAUUUUUAAUAAAUUUAGUAAGACAAGACCUGAAAGUAAUUUUACCAGUAUAUAUGAUAAAAUAGCAAUGUCUUCCCUUCAAGGACUACCUCCUUUGCCUCGAAGCCUAAGUGGAUUAUAUCUUAAUGAAGAAUUUAGAGAAACAAAUGAACCGCCUCCACCACCUUUGAGAUCUUCAAGUAAAACAUCUAAAGUAGGAAAAACAAUACAGUCAUCAAAUUCCAGGCCUUCACCUUCACCUGGACGACAACUCACCACUUUGGAUUCACAGCUGGCGAUUCUCAGAAAAGAAAUGUUUGGACUGCGGCAAUUAGAUCUUUCAUUACUAUCCCAGUUAUGGUCACUCAACGAAUCAAUUCAAGAAUUUCGGCAACUAGUUCAGGAACACGAUGAAAGAGUCCCUUCACCGUCUCCUAGCAGUGAAGAAGGUGAUGAUGGUUAUGGAAAUCAUAUACAAGUACCUUCACGUAGACCACCGUCUCUCCAUCAUCAUCAUCAUCAUCACCAUUAUUCGUCUCAUCACCAUCAUCGACCACCCAGACCACCGAGACCUUUGCGACCACUCGGUAGCGAUGAAUCGCCCUCCAGUGAAGAAUAUGGAGCGGUUUAAUGAUAAAUUAUUAUUAUUUUUAAUUAAAACAUUAUUGUUUUUUUAAUUUUUCUAAAUUAAACUCUGAUUUCUUGGUAUUUAAUAUAUUAUAAACAGUUCAUGUUAAAUGUCAAUAGAUAUAUUUUUCAUGUGAAUUUUAUAUAUUCAACAUUUUUAAAAUAUAAAUUACUGUAGAGAAA